AUGGCGAAGUUACCUUCACCUCUUCAACCCGCAAAGGUUGAGCCCAUAAAAAACAAUCCAAAAAAAUGGCAUAUUAGAGAUGAUCCAAUUACCUGGCAGAAUUGGUACAAACAUAUAAACUGGCUUCAUGCAUCUAUACUUCUUUCAACACCUUUUAUCGCUCUUUACGGAUUUUUCACGACAGAGAUUCAGUUGAAAACGUUGAUAUGGGCAAUUAUAUAUUAUUUCGUAACUGGAUUAGGAAUUACAGCAG